UGCAUCGCUCUUGAGAGACGAGAAAGAAACAAGAAGACUUUACUCUUGCCUCAGUAUGGCUGAAGACUCCCCCGCUAGAGGAGAAGCGGCCUCCUGGGUAAAGGUACAAAAGAGCACGUUCACUAACUGGUGCAACGAUCAGCUCAAGGACACUAGCUACAAGGUUGAUGAUCUCCAGACUCAGUUCGACGAUGGAGUCACUUUGCUCAAACUCUUGGAAGUUCUUGCUCACCAGAACAAGGCAAAGCUGAAGUACAACAAAAAACCAAGACUAGCCUUGCAGAAGAGAGAGAACCUCUCGAUGGCAUUCGAUUUCAUGAAAAAGGUGGAAAGGAUCAAUCUGGUCAAUAUUGGAGCUGGAGAUGUCGAAGAGCAUAAUUUGAAGCUCAUGCUUGGCCUCGUUUGGAAGCUGAUCCAGAAGUACCAGUUAGGUAUACACGAUGACCCUGAGCCAGCCCCAGCUCCACCCACCAAGGGAGGCUCAGAGCCUGCAGCCAAACCUGAGAAAAAGAAGAAAGUUCCCUCUUCUGCCAAAGCAAUCCUCCUUGCCUGGGUACAGGCUACUCUACCUGACGUAAAGGUCAAGAACUUUCAGUCUGACUGGAAUGAUGGGACCAAGCUCUCUGCACUGGUCGAUCACAUGAAGCCGGGAUUGAUACCGGAUCAUGCUAGCCUUAAUCCUGAUGACAGACUGGAAAACACUACAAGAGCUCUUAAUCUUGCUGAAGAGAACUUUGGUAUACCACAAAUUAUUGAAGCUAAGGACUUGUGUGUUGAUAAACCAGACGAGCUCUCUGUUCUGACAUAUCUUGGGUACUACUGCAACAAGGAGUCAAUUGGAAAGAACAAUCUCCUGGACUGGAUAGACUCCAAAAUUCCUCAGUACAAGAUAAAGGACUUCACAACACAGUGGAAGGACGGGAUGGCCCUUGGCUGUCUGACAGAUGUUGUCUCCGGGGGACAGUUUACCGAUUAUGAAGACAUGAGUGAAGACACUCCUCUUGAGAAUGCAGAAAAGAGUAUGGAGUACGCCCAGUCACUCGGUGUGCCAAAGAUCAUAACUCCAGAGCAGUUCAUUGACCCAUCCCUUGAUCCAGUAACAAUGAUGACCUAUCUCACAUACUUUAAACAUGCCAAGCCGUCAGACGACUCUCCACUAGCUAACAUCAGUGCUUCUGGGCCCGGUGUUGCUGGUGGUGAUAAGACUGGAAAGGAUACUAAUUUCGUUAUACGUGGUCGUAUACCAGACUGGGCCCCCCUUGAUAUCAAUAUUACUGGACCCGAUGGCUCCAAAGUCCCUUACACGAAACUCGAUCCUAUUGCUACUAGUUGCCCCAUUCGCUACAAGCCGACUGAGCCAGGGAAGUACACUGUGGAUAUAUUGGUCAAUAAGGAGCACAUCAAAGGCUCUCCUUUCACAGUCCAUCAUUCCGAGCCCUCUAAUGCUAGUGGCUGCACUGCCAGUGGUAAAGGACUGGAGAAAGCCAUUGUUGGAGACAUGAGUGAAUUCACUGUCGACUGCUCAAAAGGUGGAGCUGGGUCGCUCCAAACUGAGCUCCACGGGCCUGGUGGGAAUGUCGGGACUGAAGUAACCGAGACUGGUAAUAGAGUAUAUUCUGUUAAAUACUCUCCAUUGGAAGCUGGACCAUUGACCAUAUCAGCUCUCUGGUCUGGUAACCAUAUUGAUAAGAGCCCUUUUACUUGCCGUGUCAUAAAUCCAAAGAAAUGUACCGCAACAGGGCCUGGGCUUACUGGUGCUACUCUUAAUCAACCAGCCACGUUUUACGUAUCAACCAAACAAGCAGGCCAGAGUACGCUGAGUGUCUCAGUGACUGGUCCCAGUGGACCCAUUCCUAUACAGAAACACGAGAAUGAGCCGGAGAGCUAUGUAUGCACCUACACGCCCACCGAGAGCGGACAAUACGUCAUUGAUGCUAAAUGGGAGGAUAUACCCAUCAGUGGUAGCCCAUUCACAAUCUCACCCACCACACCAGCUAAUGCCAGCAAAUGUAAGAUGAGCAACGUUCCACAAGGAUAUCUCAGGGCUGGGAAAGAGGUCAGCUUUAACGUGGACAUUUCUGAUGCUGGAGAUGGAGAGCUUAAGGCUUCAGGACAUGGGGCAUCUCUGCCACAAAAGUGCUCCAUUCGCUCACUUGAUUCCAGUAACUAUGAAGUUUCUUUCACUCCUUUUGAAGUCGGUGUUCUCACCAUUGACACAUCGUUUGCCGAUCAGCCUCUCAACGAAUCUCCUCUCACUUUCAAAGUGAACGACCCGACGAAAUGCAAGAUCAACUCUGCUGGUCUCAAGGAUGGGCAUUACACCGUCAAUCAACAGGUUGACUGUAGAGUCUCUGCCCAGUUCUGCGGAGAAGGAGAAGUUACUGCUAAACUACAUGGACCAAAGGGAGAGGAAGAUGUUAGCAUCACUGACAGUGGGGAUGGUACCUACCUGGUUCAUUUCACACCUAAAGAGCCUGGCCCUCAUGCUUUUGACGUGUUCUUUGACGGUGAAGAGAUACCAGAUGCCCCUGUCAACAUAUUUGUUAAUGCUGGGAGCGGCUCUGAUGAUGUUGUGGUUACACAGCCACUGGCAAACAGGGCUGGCAAUUAUGUAGUUGACAUGUCGCAUAAUUAUAAAAUAAAUGCAGCCAAAGCUAACGAGGGUGAGCUCAGUACUAGUUGCGUGGGUGUAUUUUCAGCGCAUAAGCCUGCAGUGGAGAUAGAUGAGGUGGAAGAGAAACAGUAUGUUGUUACUGUUAACACUGCCGUCCCUGAUGAGUAUAAGGUGACUAUAUUGUGGGGUGGUGAUCCAGUCCCUGGCUCCCCAUUCACUCUUAAUGUUGUGGACAAAGCUCGCCCAGGGAAUGUAUUGGUAAAGGGUCCUACGUUUGAGAUUGGUCAGUUAGGUAUUGGACUCAGAGCUGAUGUUAAGAAUGCUGGAGUCGGUGAGCUCUCUGCCUCUUGCCGUGGGAAUAGAGUUGGUACUGUCCCCGUCAGCAUUAACGAAACUAGUCCAAAGCUUUAUGAGCUGAGCAUUGAGCCUUCCCAGCCUGACCUAUUCACCAUUAGUGUACUGUGGUCUGAUGAGCAUGUCCCAGGAUCUCCUUUUAAGGUAGACAAUACACCUCCAGAUGCUAGCAAGGUCGUUGUUGAUCCACCAGAGUCUUAUGCAACCUCAGUUAGAGCUGUAUUCCGUGUUGAUGCUACUGAAGCUGGUGUAGGUGAGCUUAGGGCUCACUGCAGAGCUGAGAACAGUGCUAAUCUCCCUGUUGAAAUAGACAAGCCUGAUCUAAGCACUGAGAAGUAUCGCUGUGUUGUAAUACCAAUCAGAGAUGAUGUCUACCACUUCUCGCUUCUCUGGAGUGGCAAAGACGUCCCUGGAUCGCCAUUCAAGAUUGAUCUGGUACCAAAGAUUCAUCCAGACCGUGUUAUAGUAGAUGAUCCAGUGUACUCUGACACUGUCCAUCCAGUCAUUACUACUGUUGAUUGCACUAAUGCUGGCCCUGGUGUCCUUAGGGCCAGAUGCAGGGGAGAUAAUACCGGUAUCGUUCAAGUGGCAAUGAUCGAGACAGAGAAAGGAAAGUACAGGCUAGAGUUUGAGCCGUCUAACGAGGACGACUAUAAUCUCAGUAUUUUUUUCAAUAAUCAAGAAGUCCCUCGCUCUCCUCUUCACAUUCCCAUCAAGCCGAUCGUCGAGGCAUUUGAUAUGGUAAUGGUUGAAGAAGUUCAUCAGGAAAUGUCAUUACCGGCAGAGUUCCAGGCUCGAGAAGAGGAGACACCACCUUCCAAACAGGACACAAUGUACCUCUUCCUUGGUAACCCACUUCAUAUUAACGUGGAGGAUGCUUCUGGCUCUGAAUUGGAACUGACUGCUACAGCAGAAGGUGAUAUCAAUGGAUCAACCCCAGUCAGUGUAGUCAAGACAGAUAAAAAUUACGAGGUCGACUUUAAUCCAACGAAACCAGACAAAUACACCAUAUCUGUCAAAUAUGGUGAUGGCAAAGAGGCUCCAAACUCACCAAUUAUUGUUUAUUAUUCAGUCCCAGUUGAUGCAUCUAAGUGCAUCGUAAAAGGACUUGAGAGCGUCUCCUCCUAUCCAAUGAUGGAUGUGCCAAUUAAAUUUAUCGUUGAUGCUACAGCAGCCGGUAAAGCUGAUCUAAAUGUCACUAGUGACGGGCCUAGUGGUACGGACCCAUCAAGUGUACAAGUCGAGGAGAAUCAAGAUGAGCCUGGUAUAUAUGACAUCACGUACACGCCCACAGGACCAGGAGAACAUAGGGUAAAUCUUUACUGGGGUCGGGACCUGAUCCCUAGUUCUCCUCUUGUCUUUAAUGUCGUAAAAGGAUCAGCUAUAACUGGAGAAAAGCUUUAUCCAUAUGGAUCACCAGUUGUGCUGGCACUUGCUGCUGAUUGCAAGCCAAAAGAGCUUGAAGUCUUUGCUGUACCUGAGGGCACUAGCCAAAAAGUCAAGGUCAAAGUUGCCAAGGAUGGUAAAGGUCGUUAUAAGCUACAGUUUUCACCUCAAAAUCCCGGUUUCUAUGAUGUCCAUGGUCUCCUCAGAAACUCUGAAGUGGCUGGUAGUCCUUAUCGUUUAGAAUAUGCUCAUCCACCAAAUGCUGGCAAAGUUAAAGUGUUGAUUGAGCCUAAUGAGGUUGCCUAUGUCAAUUAUCCUAUUACAUUCUCAAUUGAUACACGAGAGGGAGGCAAAGCUGAGCUCCUUCUGAGAGCAAACUUUCCGAACAAGCUCAAAGUCCAAUCACCUGAUUUCAUAGUUAAGAAGAAUGAAGACGGGACCUACAGAGCAACAUACACUCCCUCUCUUGCUGUCCCUCACUCGUUUGAUGUUUUGUUUGCAGGUCAACCAGUCAAAGACAGUCCAUUUAAGAUCAGCGUUAAAGACAAGCCCGUGGAGCUGUUCCACAUCCUUGCAUCAGACCUCAAUCUCAUUGAAGUCCACUCAAGCGUUGAUAUUUACUUCAAGUUGCCUGCUGGCGAUACAAUCUCCACUGUUACUGCAAGUGCUACCGGUAAGACAAUUGACGAUGCUGAUUUCAAAUUGCAGGCAGUUGGUGAUGAAGGUCUGUAUCGUGCCCAUUUCAUCCCCUCAGUUCCUGAUGAUUACCAGUUAGAGAUGCACCAUAAAGGAAACCCUAUCCCUGGCUCUCCAUUUCCUGUUAAAGUCGUUGGUCUGGGAGGCUUUGAGCCAAGCAAGGGACCAGAUGAUGUUGAUAAUCCGCCAAUUGUUGAGACCAAGCGUCCAUUUAAUCUCCUCGUUCCACUAGACAUGACCACCCCACCUGAGGACUUUAAAGUUGAGGUUGAUGGGCCCCCAGAGUCUUCGGUCACUCCUGAAGUCAAGAGUGAUUCUCGUGGUAAAUAUUCAAUUUUGCUCACCCCAGACCUUCCAGGAGACUAUCUUAUUCACAUGACAAAAGAUGAUUCCCAUGUCCUUGGAUCUCCUUUCAGAGUUAUUGUCAAGGAAUUCCGUUCCGAUCCUUCAAAAUGUUUCAUCCUACCUGAAGACCAGCACCUCUUUGAUAAAAGGCAGAAAUUUGGUAAGCCAUGUCAAUUCAGAAUCUCCACCAUAGAUGCCGGGCCCGGUACACUCAAUAUCACAUCCAGGGGGCCUGGUAAAGCCGAUGUUAAGAUAUAUGAUAAUAACGAUGGUACGUAUACUUGUGAUUUCACUCCCUCAGUCCCAGGGCAAUACUCAAUUGAUAUAUUAUGGGAUGAUCAGCAUAUUGGGGACAGUCCAUACAGUUUGGUAUUCAAAAAGAGCAAGUCAAAAGUUAUAACGGGACUCAAUCUUGACGCUGAGCACUUUAGAGUUGGCGUGCCUCAUCGUUUUAAGCUCCACUGUGAUGAGGUUGGAGAAGGUGAGCUGGGCGUGACCGUCAAACCCAACAGUGCAGCUCAAAUCAGAGUCUCUAAUCUUGGGGGCGACUCCUAUCAAGUUGAAAUAUUACCAAAAGAGCAAGGGAACCACGAGCUAGCUGUGCGCUAUGGAGAGGGUCAUAUUCUUGGCAGUCCUUUUAAUGUUGUUUUCCAUCAGAGAGGAGAUGCCAGCAAGUGUCACAUGGUCAGUAAUGAGGUCAUACAAGAGGAGGAUGGACGGGAUAAAGUGAUAUUUAUCAUCUCAACUAAAGAUGCCGGACGCGGGAAGUUGUCUGCCCACGCUGAUAAUCCUCACACAAAGGAAAGGCUUGAAGUUAAUAUUGAUCCAUUGGAGGAUGAUGAGCAUAAGAUACACUUUUACAUUGGGGACGGAUCAGAGUAUCAGCUAACAGUCAAGUAUGAUGCUGUUCACAUUGAAGGCUCACCUUUUAAGCUCCUCUUUGCUGACCAGGGAGACGCCAGUGCUUGUAUCGCUGAUGGCGAUGGACUCAACGUCUCUCAGAUUAAUAAAGAAGCAAAAUUCAAUGUGCUUUGUGAGGGAGCCGGAGAAGGAGAGCUCUCGGUUGAAAUAAAAUCACAGGAUGGUAUUACAACAGUCCACCCACUCAUUAGCAGUGUCUCAGAUGAGGAGUUUGAAGUUAGCUAUAGUCCAGUGAAAUCUGGUCAGUAUAACAUCACAGUGAAAUGGGGAGAAGAGCAGAUCACUGGUAGCCCAUUUGCUAUGAAGUGUUACGUACCACUGAAUGCCUCCAACUUGAUGAUUGUUGAUCCACCGACUGAAGCAUUCCUUGAGACCCCAAUGGAGUUUAAAGUGAAGACUGUAGAGGACAUGAGUGAGGAGGGGGAAAUUGCUGUCACUGCUAAAUCCCGCUCUGAAGUUGUGAAUGGUACAGCAGAGAAGGAAGAGGCUGGUACUUACAAAUGUUCCGUAGAGCCCAAGGCACCAGGGAAAUACGUCGUAAAGGUUACACUCAACGGGGACAACAUCAAAGGAUCUCCCUUUAAGGUAAAGGUUUCUGAGCCUCCAAAGCCACAAAAUGUGAAAGCAAGCGGCCCAGGACUUGAGGAUGGCUACGUGGGACAGGAGGGUAACUUUAUGCUUGAAACUGGUGAAGCUGGCACUGGAACCCUUUCUGUUAGGGUACACGGUCCAAAGGGAGCUUUCAAGAUCAAUAUGAGGCGUCAUCCUGAUAAUGAUAGGAAUAUCCUUGUACGCUAUGAUCCUAAAUAUGCUGGGAGCUAUGCUAUCGAUGUCACUUGGUCUGAAGUGCAUGUUCCCGGGAGUCCAUUUAAAGUUGAUAUCAAAGAGCAGAAGGAGGAGAAGAGUUUGGACGAGAGCGGAGAAGAGGAGGAGCUUACUAAUGGACUAGGAGACUCGAUUAAAAUGGCCACUGAAAAAGAAAUUGAGAUUUCUUCUUGAAAAGAUUUAAACCAAAUUAUUGAACUACAAAAUUACAUAUUAUUUUUUAAAUAGUAAUUUAUCAAUCUUCUUUCAGGCUUAAAAGUAAAAAAAUAUCUUGAAAUUAAUAGUUGAUAUUUUCAAAUUAAGAACUCAUUAAUGAUCAUCUUCAAUGUGUUUAUUUGUGUAUCGUUCUGCUAUCAUGUGACAUUUUAUCUCCUCAUAAUAACAAUUAUUUCUUUUUAAAUAUUUUUUGAAAAUUUAA